CUGGUGGAGACAGAGCAGGAACAGCAGCAGAAGACACCAGCGAGGCAGUCAGAGCAGAGCCGCAAGAUGUGGUGCCUCCUUGUGCUGCUCUGUGCCCACGGAAUCACCUUUUCAGCAGGAUUCACCACUCCCAAUUCAGACAGCAGGCUGCACAAGAAGAGUCGCAACCCCGAAUGCUUUAUGAAUGUCAGUGAAAUUAUCAGAUACCACGGAUACCCCAGCGAGGAAUAUGAAGUUACCACAAAGGAUGGAUACAUUCUUGCUGUUUACAGAAUUCCUGCUGGGAGGAACAGCCGAAAUACAGGUCAAAAGCCUGUAGUGUUCCUACAGCAUGCUUUGCUGGCAGAUGCUACCCACUGGAUUUCUAACCUGCCCAACAACAGCCUGGGCUUCCUCCUCGCAGAUGCUGGCUACGACGUCUGGAUGGGAAACAGCCGAGGGAACACUUGGUCUUUAAAACACAAGAUAUUUAGUCCCAGCCAGAAAGAGUUCUGGCAGUUCAGCUUUGAUGAGAUGGGCAAAUACGAUAUUCCAGCUGAGCUGUACUUCAUCAUGAAUAAAACUGGACAGAAGGAUGUGUACUAUGUUGGUCACUCCGAAGGCUCAACAGCAGGCUUCAUAGCAUUUUCUACUUACCCUGAGCUGGCUCAGAGGGUGAAAAUGUUCUCUGCUCUGGGCCCAGCAACCACAUGUUCAUAUGCUACGAGCAUUCUCAUUAAGAUAACAAGUCUUCCUGAUCCAAUGCUCAGGUUCGUAUUUGGCUGCAAAGGAAUGGCACACCAGAUUGGAUUUCUGAAAGGACCCGUGACACAGUUAUGUGCAAGCCUGGAUAAGUUGUGUGGCCACAUACUCUGCUACAUAGCUGGGGGCGACAUAAAAAACCUGAACACCGUGAGUACCUGCAAGAACACCCACUCAAAGUAA